GGUAGAGGAGUGUUAGCUCCUUCCCUGUUUCGACUUUGCUGCUUCUCUCUCUAAGCCAACAUGAGCAGACAGUGCAGUUCCAGGUCUGGGUAUCGGAGUGGAGGAGGCUUCAGCGCUGGCUCUGCUGGGUUGAUCAGCAGCCAGCGCAGGACGGCCAGCAGCUCUGUGCGCCGUAUUGGUGGAGGUGGUGGGAGAUUUUCAGGUGGUGGAAGAUGUGGUGGUGGUGGGGGUGGUCUUGGAGGUGGCUUUGGAAGUCGGAGUCUUGUUAACCUUGGGGGCAGUAAAAGUAUCUCCAUGAGUGUGGCUGGAGGAGGUGGACGUGGUGGUUAUGGUGGUGGUGGCUUCGGGGGUGGAGGUUUUGGGGGCGGUGGUUUUGGUGGUGGUGGUUUUGGUGGCGGCAGUUAUGGGGGCGGUUUUGGUGGUGGUGGUGGUGGCUUUGGUUUUGGCAGUGGUGGUUUUGGGGGUGGUGUGGGGCCUGGUUUCCCCUCUGGUGGCAUACAUGAAGUCACCAUCAACCAGAGCCUUCUGCAGCCCCUCAAUGUGGAGAUUGACCCUGAUAUCCAAAAAGUAAAGUCUAAAGAAAGGGAUCAAAUCAAGACCCUCAACAACCAGUUCGCCUCCUUCAUUGACAAGGUGAGGUUCCUGGAGCAGCAGAACCAGGUGCUGCAAACAAAAUGGGAGUUGCUGCAGCAGAUCGAUACCUCCACGAAGAGCCGCAACUUAGAACCCUACUUUGAAUCAUACAUUAACAAUCUUAAAACUAGAGUGGAGCAACUGAAGGGCGACCAAUCUCGGAUGGAUAUGGAAUUGAAGAAUAUGGAAGACCUGGUGGAAGACUACAAGAAAAAGUAUGAAGAUGAGAUCAACAAGCGGACAAAUGCAGAGAAUGAAUUUGUGACCAUCAAGAAGGAUGUGGAUUCUGCUUAUUUGACCAAGGUGGACCUUCAGGCCAAAGUUGACAACUUGCAACAAGAAAUUGAUUUCCUCACAACACUUUACCAGAUGGAGCUGUCUCAGAUGCAGACUCAUAUCAGUGAAACCAAUGUCGUCCUGUCCAUGGACAACAACCGUAGUCUGGACCUGGACAGCAUCAUUGCUGAAGUCAAGGCUGAAUAUGAGUCAAUUGCUCAGAGGAGCAAGGCUGAGGCUGAGACCCUGUACCAGAACAAGUAUGAAGAGCUCCAGGUGACUGCUGGCAAACAUGGAGACAAUUUGAAAAAUUCAAAGAUGGAGAUUUCUGAGCUAAAUCGGGUGAUCCAGAGACUUCGAUCUGAAAUUGAGGGUGUCAAGAAGCAGAUCUCUGGGCUGCAUCAGUCUAUCAGUGAUGCAGAGCAGCGCGGUGAGAAGGCCCUCAAAGAUGCCCAGGACAAGCUGGCUGAGCUGGAGGAAGCCCUGCAGAAGGCCAAGGAAGACAUGGCCCGCCUGCUGCGUGACUACCAGGAGCUGAUGAACACCAAGCUGGCCCUGGAUCUGGAAAUUGCCACUUACAGGACCCUCCUAGAAGGGGAGGAAAUCAGGAUGUCUGGAGAGUGUCCCCCGAACGUGAGUGUGUCUGUGAGCACCAGCCACACCAGCGUCAGCGGAGGAAGCAGCCGGGGAGGCGGCGGCAGCUACGCUUCCGGCGGCAGCGGCGGCGGCGGCGGCGGCGGCGGCAGCUACGCCUCCGGAGGCAGCUCUGGGGGCUACAGAGGCGGCUCUGGAGGAGGCGGUGGCAGCUCCGGUGGCAGGGGUUCUGGCGGGAGCUCCGGAGGAGGCCGGGGGUCCAGCUCUGGGGGUACUGCCAAGACCUCUGGAGGCAGUUCCAGCGUGAAGUUUAUUUCCACCAGCUAUUCCCUAGGGACCAGAUAAGAGGGGCGCUCUCUGAUUAGCUCUCCCUCUCCAUCACUACCAAGUAUGGAGACAAGGCCAAGCAAGGUCACUCGCCCCAGCUUAACUGGAGUACCCAUAGUUAGUUUACACUGGUUUAUCCUAGUCCCCCAGCUCUUUCCUUUCUGCUCUGCUCCCCAAAGAAGUUUUGAGAUCAGUGGCAGUCUCAGUCCUCCGUCGAUGACCCUGCUUUGUGCUUUGCCGGAGAAAUAGCUCAGCAAUGACCACUACACAAGUUAACAUUUCAAAGUCAGCCUAAGUGUCCUGAGUCAGCCAGAGGAGGGCUGGUUAGAACCGCAGCUUCUUUGCUGGAACAAAUGCCCUUGAGAGCUCCUUGUAUCCUAUCUCUUGAACCAAGCUCUGUGCUGCUUUGGUUUUGUACAUAAGGUGUAAGCAAGUUGAUUACCUUUUGUGGAGAGGUCUUAAACUCCCCAUUUCCUUGUGUUGCUGCAAUAAACUGCAUUUGAAAUUCUACAA